GAGGGAGCACCUUGGUGUGUGUGUGUGUGUGUGAUUGAGAGAGAGAGAGCGUGUGUGCGCAUCUAUUGCGAUGCCAGUGUGUGAGGAGGAUGAACGGCGCAGAGGCUGCUGCUGAUGCUCACUGAGGAGAGGAUAACGCACCGGGGAAGGGAAGAGUGUGAACUCCAGGACGCGGAGCUCUGGUGCGCACACACAGCCGGGUCUGUGUCUCUUUCUUCCUCCUCUGCAAAGUGCUGUUUCACGCUUGUUCCAUCGUGUGCAGUCUCUCUCUCUCUCCCCUCUCUCUCUCUCUCUCUCGCUGCAUCCUCUGGGAGCUUUAGACAGAGAGAGCACCUGCACUGAAGCGAAAAUCUGCCGCUCACAUUCCAGAGGAUUGCACCAUUAGGAGGGCACCUCGUGCUGUCAGAUCAGGUCCACGAUGGGUCUCGCUUUGUGUGAAGCUGGGCGGCAGAUCAUCUUUUCUCUGAUGCCACUGCUGCUUUAUUUAGGCUCCGGCGAUGCCUCCUCCAUCGUGAACAUGCGUAGGAUCACCCAUCCUGCAGUACAACAAACACUGGCAGGCAAAGCCGUCCUCCCGUGUGUCUUCACCCUGCAGACCGGCCCGUCCAGCGAGCCUCCACACCUGCUGUGGACUCGCACCAGUUUCCCAGCAGGAGGAAACGGUGAUGCUCAGGAGCAGAUUGUGCUUUCAGCUAAAGGUGAUGUAAUCAAGCUGAAUAAGGCUUUCAGUGGCCGUGUCAUGCUGCCAGGGUACGCUGCCAGUCCUCUCAAUGCUACCAUGGAGAUCUCCAGUCUCCGUACCAACGACUCGGGCACUUACCACUGUCAGGUUGUCAUUGGUAACGACUACGAGAGAGACACUGUGCCCCUGGUGGUCUCUGGUGUGGUGUUUCACUACCAGGCUCCCAGUGCACGCUACGCCCUCUCAUUUGCAGAGGCACAGCGCGCCUGCCAGGAAAACUCUGCGCAGAUUGCCACACCAGCCCAACUGUGGGCAGCAUACUAUGAUGGCUUUGCCAGCUGUGCACCCGGAUGGUUGGAUGAUCAGACCGUGCGUUAUUCUGUCCAGCUACCCGAUCUUGGUUGCUAUGGUCACAAGGAGUACUCUGCUGGAGUGAGGAAUUAUGGGAAGAGGGACCCGAAAGAGCUGUUUGAUGUCUACUGCUUUGCAAAGGAACUUGACGGUGAGGUGUUUCACUCCUCAGUCCCGGGCAGGUUGUCUCUGUCCUCAGCUUCAGACCGCUGUGUGUCCCUUGGGGGACAGCUGGCCACCGUGGGGCAGCUUUAUCUGGCCUGGAGAGCUGGACUGGACAGCUGCGCCCCCGGCUGGCUGUCUGAUGGCAGCGUCCGCUACCCGGUGACCUGGCCUCGCCCAGACUGCGGUGGGAGCCAGCAGGGCGUCCGCACCAUCACACCCAACAACACUGCCGACAACACCACAGUGCUAUAUGAUGCUUACUGCUACAGAGGUAACACGAAGAACACAGGCUCUGUCUCUCAGAUUUACACCUCCCUGUGGAAGCCCUGGAGCUACCUUACAGGCUUAAGUGAUGCUGACUCCACAGAGACAGAGAGUCCAGACCUGACUACGCAUCAAACUGUCACUUCAAGAGGAUCCUUACACGGCGGUGAUGGCUCACCUACCAACUGGACAGGAUUGGUUGAUCUUGAAGAGGAGGCUGCUCUUCACAGCACUGAUGCUCACCCCUGGUCCACAGAGUCUUCAGCCUUCUUUGUGACUCUCCAGCUCAUCUCAGGACAGAGCUCCUUGGACUGGGGAGAACCACUGGAGCCUGGUCCUGACUCAGAGGAGUUUCUCCAACCUCCAGUGCAACCCACUGCUGCUGAGAAGAAGGUGAUGUCAAAGAUUGUCAAGUCCAUUUGGAAGCCUUGGAACUACCUGUCAGGGACUGGAGAUGAGGAGGGAACCCAGUCACCAAUUGGAAAGUCAGAGGAAGAGGAAACAGUGACAAAAAAGAUUGAUCAGCCCAGUACUUCAUCACUAGGUCUGUUUUCUUGGGGAAGUUCAUGGUUCAACAGUCCCCCGAAGGAGAACUCUACACCAGCCAGUGAAGACUCACCUACUCCUCUGGCAUCGACAUUCGCUGCCUCCAGUAUUGCUAUGACUACAGAAAGCAUUAAGAGCUCGGGGACUUCAGAGACCCACAAACCCACCACCUCCAGCUCUGCACCUGAAAUCACUUCAUCCAGCGGAGAUAGCUGGGUCCGUGUUGAAGCAGAGACCACAACCAAGCAGAGUGACAAGAAGGAGGAGACCGUGGCCUUGAGAGCAGGUGGCAGAGGUGGCAGAGGGAGGGGGAAAAAGUACAGAGGGGAGGACAAGAGCAGAGGGGAAGAGAAGGAGAAAGGAGAGGAGAAGGGCAAAGGAGAUGAUGAGGGGAGUGGAGAACUCACCGGUGCAGAGGCAAAAGGGGAAAUACAAGUCUCACGGAGACCAGCUGGAACAAAUAAACCAAGAGAAAGAUCCAGAGAAAGAUCUAGAGAGAGGGGUCACAGAAAAGGACAGUCUACUGCUUCCACCACCACAACCACAACCCCUACUCCCACUGCCAGUUCACUGGAGCCCACAGUGAUGACCACAACUGGCUUGGAAAAUACCAACUUUUCCACAUUCAAAUCCUUUUCUACUUUGCCAGCAGAAACUCCAUCACCUUCAAUCUUGGCAGAUACACUAUCCACCUCAGCCUUCUCUUCUGAGUCAUCUCAAGCCAUGACUGAAUCCCACACUCCCUCCCUCUCACCAUCUCUUUCCUCUUCUUCUUCCUCCUCCUCUCCAAACACUUUGUCACCUUCGCUGACUUCCCAGAACUCAUCACUCUCACCAUCAUCACCCUCUUCCCAGUCCCUGUCUCAAAUGGUGGGAUCAGGAGACCCAUCGCCAUCGCCUGACUACUUAAAUAACCAGCACAGCUCCACUAACCUCUCAACACUGCUUCACUGGGUCCCAGUGAAGAAAGCAGGUCAGAACAGUUCUCUGGAUUAUCCUCCACUGCUGUCAGUGCCUGUGGAUGAGGAGGAGCCGGCUUGGUCUCACGCUGUGGGCUCGGGGGCCCUGUUACCUGGCAACAUGGAGGAGGAGAGCAGCAGAGGGGCGAAUGUCAGUACCGUAACUCUGGGACCAACAAUGGAGGUGGAGCCCUGCGUGACAAACCCGUGUCUGCACGGAGGAAAGUGCCUUCCUCAGGGAACCGGCUACAGCUGCUACUGUCCACAGGGAUUCACUGGGGAGAACUGCGAGAUUGAUGUUGAUGACUGCCAGUCUGAGCCAUGUGAAAAUGGAGGCACUUGCAUCGACAAGAUUGAUUCAUUCCUCUGCCUUUGCUUACCCAGCUACGGCGGGGACACUUGUGAGAAAGACAUAGAGGGCUGUGAGCAUGGUUGGUGGAAGUUCCACGGCCACUGCUACAGGUACUUCACCCACAGGCACACGUGGGAGGACGCGGAGAAAGACUGCAGAGAGCACAGUGCUCACCUCAGCAGUGCCAUCUCUGCUACGGAGCAGAGUUUCAUCAACGGUCUGGGUCACGACAAUGCCUGGAUCGGACUGAAUGACCGUACAGUGGAGGAAGAUUUUCAGUGGACUGAUGGAAAUGAUCUGGUUUAUGAGAACUGGAGGGAGAGCCAGCCCGACAACUUCUUUGCAGGUGGUGAGGACUGCGUGGUGACCAUUGCCCAUGAGGAUGGCAAGUGGAACGACGUGCCCUGCAACUACAACCUGCCCUACAUCUGCAAGAAGGGCACAGUGCUGUGUGGGACUCCGCCCACAGUGGAGAAUGCCCAUUUGAUAGGUCGCCGGAGGUCACACUAUGACAUCCACUCAGUGGUACGCUACCAGUGUGCUGAAGGUUUCUACCAGCGUCACAUUCCCACCACUCGCUGCCGGGCUGACGGGAGCUGGGAGAGACCCAGGAUCAUCUGCACAAAGUCCCGGCGAUCACACCGGUACCGACGACACCACCACAAUCAGCACCAUGAACGCCACAGCCACAGGAGACAUGGAGGAGGAGAGGGACACAAGGCCAGAGAGGACACACACAGCUUCUACUGAACCAAAUAACACAACGUCUGCAAUGCCUAGGUGCUAACCAUGGCCUUUAAAGAAAGACAGUCGUUUAUAUCACUCGCUUUUCUUUUCCCGCUUUAUGAUCAUGCUCUCUGUUUAACCGAUAACAGGUUUUCUUACUGUCUCAUGACGUUUAUCUCUAUAAUCCCACCUCUUUGGGUGUUUUGAUGCUUUUCUUUUUUUUGGUUUGCGAUCUCUCUUCCUUUUUAACCAAGGUCCAUGCGAACACUAACUCUUAGCACUAACUCAAAUGAACGCCGUCCGUCCCCAGAUAUUUCAGUAUAGUAGACCCGUCACCUGUCUAUGAACUGAAGCCCUCUUUAGGCAGCAGUAUGUGAACCUGUGUGAGCGUAUGUAUGUAGGAGAGAGACAUCUAUAAAGUGCUGAGUCACUUUAAUUUCUAAAAGUUAACCUCUUCUACAUUAAAACGCGACUCACAUCCUAGUAUUCUGUUAACAAGCACAGAUGUAAUUGAUGCAAGACAGCAUUCAGCCCUUGGUAGCCCUGACUCUUUUUUUUGUACGUGUACUGUAGCGGUUACUUCUUUUUUGUUUCCAUAGAGUAACUGAAUAGUUGUUCUGUCUUAAUCUUACUGACAUUUGCUGUUUUUUGUGUACUGUUACUAUUUAUUAUUGAUCAUUUGCAAGUGAAUAUGCUUUAUUAACUCCAGAGGAACCAAUGUAACAUCUUUUUCUAUACAAGUCCAACAAUCAAUCAGUAAUAAAAUUAAUCAUUUGAUUGCCUCUAAUCUCUGUAUUGUAAAUAUUGUGGUGUUUGUUAUUAGCUGAUCUUGGUCAAUCAUCGUGUCCAAUUCCAAUAGACGCCCUCUAACUCCAUAUAAAAGCACCCUCAACUAAUACAUAUAAUCCAGUGACAGUUAGUUUGGAUGGGAUUAUACGCUACUUUCUUGAGGUAACUACUUGAUUGUAUCUGAAUUGCUAAAUUCUUUUGAUCUUUGCACGGCUAUAUUUACAUGAUGGGUAGAAUGUCACACUUUUUUUUGUCUCUGGUCCUUUUUGAUAUUUGAUGGGUCAUCCACUAUUUUGGUGUUCUUAUGACUUUUUGUCCUGCUGUUGUAUUUCAUUCUUAAUAAAGUGAGAAAAAAUGAA